AUGAUUGGAUGGACGUACAUACGUACACAUGCACUACGGACAUUGUCGAUUCGAUUCGAUUCGAUUCCAAGUGGAAGAGCCAACCAACCAACUAAGCAGUCAGCAGCAGCUAGUUACGGGGAACCAAGGGACAAAGUAGAAGGGAAGGGGCCAACCGAGGACUACGAAGCGGUACUGUUUGUUGCAGUAGCUCUGGCUGCUGCCUGUCUGCUCUUUCAUCGUGCUCGAAUUCAAGUUCGCAUUUCUAGAUCAAUACAACGACCAUAA